CCAACCCGGAAUACCCGCUGAACAACUGGCACAUUAGGCUAGUGUCUGUGACACCUAUGUGUAGCUUUAUUUGUCUGCUUUGACAGUCCGCAUCUAAACCAUGGUCGUGGUUUUAUAACAUAAUUUGUAUGUGAAGUUGUGGAAAAAGAGGAGAAACCAAAUGGAUUAUGAAUAUGAAUGCUGAGAACCGUCUACAAUUUAAAUCAGAUUUGGAAAUGUUGUCAAGCUGAAACUUACUGACCCUAUGGGAGGAAUGAAGGCAGAAUGGACCAAGCCCCAUCUGAAGGUGGUUAUGAUGGGUAACUCUGGUGUGGGGAAGUCCUCAUUCAUGCAGCGCUUCGUCAACCAUCGAUUCAUCAACCUGUUCCGGACCACCAUCGGCACCGACUUCCUGACAAAGGAGGUCUCAGUGGAUGGACGAUCUGUCAUACUCCAAAUUUGGGACACGGCAGGCACGGAGAGAUUCCAGUCCAUAGGCACGGCCCUGUUCAGAGGCGCUCACUGCUGCCUCCUGGUGUUCGAUGUCGCCUCUGCAGCCUCCUUCUCUGCCCUGGACGACUGGCUGCACGAGCUUCUGACUCAGGUCAACCCUCGCAACCCUGCGGAGUUCCCUCUGCUGGUCAUAGGGAACAAGACAGAUCAAAGGAACCGACAGGUUUCCAAGGAGCAGGCCCGUCGAUGGUGCAUGGUCACAGGGGCUGAAUUCAUUGAGGGAAGCGCUAAAGAGGACCUAAAUGUAGACUAUGCCUUCCAUCAAGCAGCUCGUGCAGCACUCCAUUAUUUUGAGGCAAACUCUGUGGAGACUGACAGCAGCUGCAUUCAGAUCAGUGAGGAGGAACCGAAGGAGACACGUCCAGGGAAGUGCCAAUGCUGACCACACUACUGUAGCCUGGGAAUUCCCAUGCCGCCUUGUGCAGAUUUGUCCAAUCUCAAAGACAGCGUAGAAACCGAUGUGGAAAUCUUUGCCUGAGUUUGGGAUCCGAGCAGGGCCGCUGACAGCAUUGGCCGGGCCCGGGAGUCGGGACAAAGUCAUCUGAAAGGGCCCCCCACACAAUACAUACAAAGUAAUGAAGACCCAAUUCUGGGGCCCCUUUCUCCCUUGGCCCAGGACAUUUAAAAAAAAAAAAUGAGUUCAACCCGUGACUUCCUGCCAGAUGUUAAUUUUGCCCCACUGUGAAAUUGAGUGUGGCAUUCCUACCCUAGAUCUUCAACCCUGACUCCACAUUGGUCCAGAAUACUCUGAACUGACUGUAAGUCACUUUGGAUAAAAAUGUCAGCUACUGUACAUGUGGUAAAGACUUGCCUGUCUCUCAAGGUGCCUUUCAUUUCUUUAAAAAAAAAAAAAAAAUCUUUUGGUCUUUUUUUACUUCAUGUGAUAGAACAGUGUGAGAGGUGGACAGGAAGCGAAUUGGGUGAGAGACAGGGAGAUCGGCUAAGGACCCGGCCUGGUAAUCGAACCCAGGUCAGCCGCAUGGUAGGCGAGUGCCCUACCGGUUGGCCACGGCCAGGCAAAGGUGCCUUUUAUUUCAUUCCUUGGGUCAGCUGGUGACUCAAGCCUUGUGAUGUACGUGAGGCUCUAUAUCAGUGAUUCUCAACUUUAAAAAAAAAAAAAAAAAACACCCCCUUGACCUCAUCAUAAGCCUGCCAACGCUCCCUUGACCUCAUCAUAAACCUGACAUUGUCCUCCUUAGUAUUAAAAAAUGGACUAAACCCCCCAAUCUCAGUUUCCUUUUCAACGCCUACAGGAGGGCUGCAGAGCCCCUGUUGUAGAAACACUACAACAAUGUCAAAAUGCUACGUUUUUUUUUUAGACCCAUUAUAUUUUUGUGUUAUCUUACCAAAACAUAAUUCAUAAAUUAUUCUCUCAUUUGCAAUCAGAAUAUUGAAUGGGGACGGAGGUCCCCAUAUAAGCUGCCCCUUGCUGCUUGACAAUGGGGAAAUGUUAUGGUUUCCUCUGAGGCAUGAAGAAUGAGGCGUUAGGCUUGGAGCAGGGGGAAAUUACCAGAGGAGUGGCAUUGUCCUGCACAUCUUAACAGAGAUUAUUUGCAUAGGAAUCAGCACCACCAACAUGCACGUAAAAUGAGAGUUUUUAUUUUUUUUCAAUCCUCAGCAGAUUGGGUCAAAGUUUUAAGGCAUGACAACACAAACACCAGUUUGCAUGCAUGUCUCUUAAGACAGAUGUAUAUACAAGGAACGGGGUAUUUGCAAAAAGGUUUACUAUAUCUAUUCACAAACCAUUUGUUCUAUGUUCAAAUGGAAUAAUGCAAAAUGUAAAAGUGUAAAUUGUUUUAAAUUCUGUUACAAAAUUAAUAAAAACAAUAUGAAUUCAGAUGCGUAAUGAGGGAAACAGUAUUUAUAUUGGUUUCAAAUAUUCAACACAAAAGGAGAUGACCAACAUGUAAAAACAAAUUUUCUUCUUACAAGUAAUUAUAUAAAAAGACCCAAAUUUCAUCAUUACUCCUCAAUAUUGUGAAGAAACUGAACUGUAUCCACAUGGCAGUACCGACUUGGCAAAACUCCUACCCUCGCACCCCCAUCCGCCCAAAACAAUCACCAAAACAAAUCUCCAUGGAUACCUCUGGAAUCUGGACUUGCAGUUAACGCUUUGCUUUAAAACACGGUCUGUAAAAUAUGGAGUCCCAAAAGGAUGAAGGUAAAAAUUUAUUAUUUCAGAGCUUCACAGAUAAUUUUCCUUCACAAUGUAAUGCAGAGGGUGAGUAAGAGGGAGGGGGAGGAAGAAAAAAAAAAAAAUCUAAAAAUAGUUUACAUCAUUUCUAAAAUGUAGGCAAGGGAGAGUUCAUGAAGCCUUAGAGCUUGUAAUAUAUAUAUUUAUACAUACAUAUUUUAAAAAGCAUAGUAUGGACACAAAGGUCUGGAGAACUAAGGUGUGCUGGGGGAAGAGGGUAAAAAAAAACAAGUUACAGAUUUAAUUUUUAUUAUAUACUUUACAAUUCCAUGUUUGGCAUACAUGUCCACUAAAGUGAUAAUGAGCGUUUGAGAAGAGCCGUAAACAGGUGAGGGAAAAAAAACACAAUAAAACAAAAAGAAGUUAGAAACCCCUCAUUUCCCUGGGUCCAAGUUCCCUUCAUUCCUAUUUCAUCUACGUGCCAAAAGUACAAAACCCCCUUCUGAUUUUCUUACAAACAAGGAACAUGUCCCACUGAGAUUUUACAAAAUGGCGCUUCUCUUCCCUUAAUCCAGUGAACGCCACUCUCCAUGCCAGCCUGACUUUUAAACUAUGGGGAUUAUCGAACACAAGGGACGAAAAAGAAAACAAAAACAAAACAAAAACCCUCAAAACAAAAACACUUGACAUCCACAUACACACAGGAGAGAAAAGCGUAAAAAUACAAAAAUAAACUACACAAAGAUCUUCUGCAUCAUAGCUUUCUAAUUUUUUGGGAUUUUUUUUGUUGCUUUUUUUGUCUGUUUGUGUAGGUGUGUUUUGUCUGCACAUUGCGUGUUUGUGAAUAUAUAUACUGCAAGGUUCGGUUGUAGCAAAGUUUCAAAUCAGUCAUCCUCUUGUCCACUUCUCCGCUCACGACACAGUGGCAGCAUCACAAAAAAAAGUCUCCAUCAUACUGGUAUCAACACCAGCACACGGCAACAUCAAUGCCUAAAACUUGAGUCCAGAGCUUAACACGUUGUGUUGAACAUCUCCAUAUCUCUUGUGUGUUUGAGCUUAGCAACAUCCUAGACUCCCCCACUCGCCCCCCCAAAAAACAGUGGGGGUCUAUUGUGUGUGUGUGUGUGUGUGUGUUUCUGUGUGUGUGUGUGUGUGUAAUGACAAGUGCUUUGUUAUUUUUUCUUCUUUCUGUUGUACAAGUUGUUGGACAAAUGCCACCUGUGCCACUGGCCCGCACCAGUUUCUCCCUUCCCCCUCCCAUCAGUCUGCCAUGCUGUUUGUAAAAAGAUCACCUACUCACAACCCUGCCAGGACCAAAUGGCAUAUUAAGGAACUGAUGCAGGUAGGCCAAAGGAAAACAAACAAACAAAAACAAAAAGGAGGGGAAAUUGGGAAAAGAGAGGGAGAGGCCUUUUUUGGUUCUUUUUCUUUUGGAAUGCCACCUUAUUGUUUAAAAAGUGAGAAACACUAGAAAGGGAGGUGAAAUCUACAAGUAUUUCUGCCCACUGUUUACAAAAAAAAAAAAAAAAAAAAAGAAAAG